ACUCUUCCGUUGCAUGAAUAAACCUUUAUAGUUAUUUUAUUCCAUACUUGAAAAUUGAAUAUCUUUCAAGAGGAAGCAAAAUAUGUGAGUCUUAUUUGGUCCAAUGAUUAAAGGUCCUACAAAUUGUUAUUAAGUAUGGUAGGUACAAAUGACUCAUUAACUUCUUUGAUGAUCUUUUCCUAUGCCUAAUCAGUACAUUUAGUUUUUCACCGUUAUUCCUUUCUUCUUUGCUGAAAACCGCUUUUACCUUAGUUGAGAUUUAUGCUUCAUUUUCAGUACGUCCUUCUGGUAUGCCAUUCCUUGACACACAAAUUUAAGCAAAAAUCAUAUCAUUCCAACUACCAAAAUGAUUCUUCUUCUAUAUAUUUCCUCUAACUUGUAAUUUGAUUUGUUUUGGUUUGGUUGUUAGCAUUUCCCUUGUUUACUCUGAGCGGAUGGAAUCAUUCAGGUGGUUGGAACUUCAAGACUUUAAAGAGAAUUUGCUUCACUGACAAAUUUGAUUUCCAUUUCUUCUUCUUCUUCUGGAAAGAAUGAGAAAAUCUCCAGUGCAUCCAAAGGUUGAGGCAAGUGAUUUUGGUGGGUAUGAAUUUGAUGCUGGUGCGAAUUUCUCAGAGUUCCUGGAAGAAGCAAGACAAUAUGCAAGAGAAGUGCACCCCCAGGUAUCAUAUGGAAAUUCGGAAGCAACUGGAGAGAAAAGAUUGGGAGAAGGGGAGAAAAAGAGAAAGAAAUCAUGGAAAAGUUCUCUUUUCUCAUGGUGCAAAGCUGAGAAAAAGAGCAGCAAACCCAGCAUGCAUCCUGCCAAUGCUCCUCCUAGGAUUUCCAAGCCAAAGAAGGGUUAUGUUUCUGGUCCCAUAUGCGGAGACACCAGAGUGGAUACAAGGAGCCAGCGCCCAUCAUCCGGACCUCUGACCAUCCUUUUCAACCCUACAAAGAAGGAAGAAGCAGAGGUGCCAUAUAUGUGCCUUGACCAACAAAACAAUUCUCACCAUGUCAAUGCCUAUGGACCUAUCUACCUGGUCACAUAGUGCAAACCACUCUAUGUAAGAAAAUGCUCUCAAUUCACAGAGUGUAGGGGACUAUUCUUAAUGAAGUAGAUGCAUUGUAGUGAUAUGAAUCACCAUAAACACAUGAAAUCAAUAAGAAAAUAUGAUGAAGAAU